UGUUCUUAUUGUGCCUUGUGCUCGUAGCGGGCGCGGCCGGGUGCUAUUGCCGCCGCCUCCUCCCGAAAGACGCGACUGGUACCCAGCUUCUACGAAGUCCAACAGUGCUUGGACAAGCACCACUACCUACGGGUGACGGACAUGAAGACACUGCUGACUGAGAAUGGGGACGAGCUGUGGACGGUGGGCUUCAACCUUACGCAAACCGCCAAUUCGAUACGGAUAUUCCGGGUUGUGAUCCGCAAGUGCUCCCUCACCAGAGACGCAUGCGAGUACUGGAAUACCUGGUCCUGGGACCUUGCCGUCUGUGAGGUCAUGAGACUCAACGGAACGGCAUGGGCUCCGCUCGUGCAAAGGAUUGAACCGCCGCUCGUCUGCCCAGUUCAAGAGGGGCAUUACAGAGCGGUCAACGCCUCGCUCGACUUCGACAGCAUAGAGAGGGCGACGAAAGGGUUCCGAGUCGACAAAAACAGUUGGCGCAUCGAGGUCCAACUGUUCGACGAGCAGCGCGCCCUCUACCUUUGCUUCAACUUGCAAGCCAAAGUAACACGGAUGAGAGUGCGAAAUUAAGUCGUUUUAUUACAAGGUAAUUGAUGGGGGUCAUCCAGGGGGGUCAUCUUGCUCGUCUGAAAAAGAUUAUGGUUGUUUUGAUUUGAUCUAUUUUGUAAGACGAAAGACGGUUCUUGAGUGGCCUCGAUGUAUUCCGAAGUAUUCACUGCUGAUCUGAAGAAGUGAAGGGUUUACGAGAUAAAACAUGCUACUGCUUUUAGGAUAAAUAAACCGGGAUGAGUUGUGCCCCAAUGGCG